AUGGCGGCUGAACAGAGAAAGCUGCUCGAGCAGCUUAUGGGAGCUGACCAGCUCAUUGGAACUGGCGCACAGGGUCGCAAUGCCCAACUAUCUAUUACAGACAACAAAGUUUGCCGUUCCUACCUCGCUGGCACCUGCCCGCACGACCUCUUCACGAACACCAAGCAAGACCUCGGACCUUGCCCUAAGGUUCACAGUGAAGGUCUGAAGACAGAAUAUGACACCGCAUCCUCCUCCGAGAAAGCAAAAUGGGGAUUCGACUUCGACUACAUGCGCGACAUGCAGAAGUACAUUGACGACUGUGACCGCCGAAUCGACACUGCGCAGCGCCGACUGGAAAAGACCCCGGAUGAGAUUCGGCAGACAAAUGACCUACUUAAACAAAUCGCGGAUCUCGCCAACACGAUCAACUCCGGCCUCCUUGAAGUCUCAAUUCUAGGCGAGACAGGCUCUGUCGCACUGGCACUUACUGAGAUGCACAAGGUCCGCACGUCCAAGCACCAGAAGGAAAGUCUAGAGCGCGACCUCAAGAACCUUCAAGAUACCUCUGGUCCCUCCGGCCACCAGAAGCUGCAAGUGUGCGACGUUUGUGGUGCCUACUUGUCUCGGCUCGACAAUGACCGCCGUUUGGCCGAUCAUUUCUUCGGAAAGAUGCACAUGGGCUACUCGGACAUGCGUAAGAAUUGCAAGAAGCUGAGCUCUGAGCUAAAGGGCCGAGCUCCCCCAGUGCGUCACCACGAAGAAGAUGAUAACCCUUACACCUCUGGUGGCCGCCCCGGUGCUGGUCGGGGUCCUCGCUACGGCGGUGGUGGUGGUGGUGGCGGCGGCGGUGGCGGCAAUUAUCGGCGCCGCGGAGGUGGAAGAUGGUGA